AAACUUUUUAAAUGGGUCGAACAUACAGCCCAACCCGAGGAAUCGCUUGAUGCUCAACUCGCAAGCAUUAUCUGAUCACCGUUUAUGGUGGAAGCCGGUUCCCCUCUCCCCGGUCUCCUCCUCUCCGUUUCAAUCGAUCGUCGCCAUCACCAGCAGUUACAGAAGAGGCGAUUGAGCUUUGUAGCGCAGUAAUGGCGGGUAGGAGAGUGCCGAAGGAGAAGAGCAGGGCAGGGAGCUUCUUCUCGGCGACAUUGGUGCUUUGGAUUGUGUCUAUUUGGUUCGAAAUUCUGUUUUACCGGCGCUCUGAGCUGCUCUACGUCGUGUUCGGAGCUCUGUUCUACCAAUCCGCCAACUGGACCGUUCGAGCUCUUGUUUCCAAGGAUCCUCUCUUUGUCAACACCUCUGUUUCUCUCCUUCACUCCACUAUCACCUCUGCCUCAGGUUUGAUUAAAGGCAUGGUUACUUCCUUUUGUUCAAUAGGAAGGCUGCUAGGUUGGCCUUGGUUGCCACUUGAUUCUGACCCAAAGCCCUACGAUGUGCUUUUCAUUUUGGUGAGUCAGUGGUUAAGUUAUGGUUCGCACGGGAUGUUUGAGCAUUCACAAUUGGUUGGAGGGACAUGGUCGGGGGCUUAUGCCGCUUUGUGCUUCUCAUGCGGUUAUUUUGCGUAUGAUCAGUGGGAUAUGUUGCUGUACCAAUUAUAUAGCGGCUGGAUCCCUGCAAUCUUGGUUCAUCAUCUGGUCCUCCUCAUUUGCUUUACGCUUGCUUUGUAUAGGAAUGUCACCAUCAAUUAUCUCAUUCUCACUCUCAUUUGUGAGUUGCAUUCUAUCUUUCUCCACGUAAGGCGAUUGCGGAGGAUGGCUGGUGUUCGUGACGCGAAGAGCAUUGUCGUGAAAGUCGAAUGGAUUCUGAACUGGCUAACGUUUGUUUUCGCAAGGGUUGUACCGCACAUUCUCAUCACUGCUAAACUUGUCGUGGAUGCUUCCAAGUUCGAUAGAGGCGUAGAGCUGCCGCUUGCACUGUCUGGGAUGGCUGGCAUGAACCUGCUGAAUGCUUUUCUUGGCAUUGAUCUCAUCAACGCUGUAAAGAAAGAGAGUAAGUACCAGAAAAGAGAUCACCCUCGUCGUGAAUGAAGUAGAAGAUAUGUAGAAGACAGAAGCCCACAAGGUGGAAAUUGUAUUUGUUCUUUUUAUGAUAUUAUAGGAAAAUAAUUAAUAGUAAAAGAUUCAGUCCUUUCCUUUUAAGAGAGAAAACGAUUCAGUCAAAAUUUAUGUAACACGGAAUGCAAGUUUGUGUAAAAUCAGAAUUGUAUUAGUUAAAAGAAUAUAAGGAAUAUUCGGAUAAAAAAGUCAUGGUUCGAAUCUU